AUGAAGAGGCGCCACGCUCGAGAGCCGUGGCGGCAGUGGCGCCGCCGCCGUGAUCGCGGCCUCGCAGAGCAUCUCCACCGAUGUAGAUCGUCCCAGCACAGGUUGGAACAGGAAAUCUUGGAUGGAUGAAUCGUCGAUCAAUCGAUUCCAGGCAAGCGAGCAUCAGCAGCGAUCUAAGCUCUCAUUCUUCCCUCUCGUCGCGCUCAUCUUCUACGAGGUCUCCGGCGGGCCGUUCGGGGUGGAGGAUUCCGUGAGGGCGGCCGGGCCACUGCUGGCGAUUCUAGGGUUCAUCAUCUUCCCCUUCCUGUGGAGCGUCCCCGAGGCCCUCAUCACGGCGGAGCUCGCUACAGCGUUUCCAGCCAAUGGCGGCUACGUCCUCUGGAUCUCGGCCGCCUUUGGCCCCUUCUGGGGAUUCCAGGAGGGAUUCUGGAAGUGGCUGAGCGGCGUCAUCGACAAUGCGCUCUACCCGGUCCUCUUCCUCGACUACAUCAAGCGAUCGGUGCCAGUCUUCGCCACCGCCGCCGCGAGGUACCCCACGCUCGCGAUCCUCACGGCGCUGCUCACAUUCGUGAAUUACAGGGGGCUCACCAUCGUCGGCUUGGCGGCCAUCCUCUUGGCAUUCUUCUCGCUGCUGCCAUUCGCGAUCAUGGGGAUUCUAGCUCUUCCGCGGAUCAAACCGCGGCGAUGGAUCGUCGUGAGCAUCCGUGAGACACAGUGGCGCGGGUACCUCAACAGCCUCUUCUGGAAUCUAAACUUCUGGGACAAGGCCAGCACUCUAGCCGGCGAGAUCGAGCGACCCAGCGAGACGUUUCCUCGAGCUCUCUUCGCGGCAGUGCUCUUGGUGGUGAUCUCGUAUAUCAUUCCACUCCUGGCGGGCACUGGAGUGCUGGAUCUCCACCGCGAGGACUGGGAGGAUGGCUACUUCGCGGACAUCGGCCGGGAGAUUGGAGGGCAGUGGCUCAAGUGGUGGAUCAACUCCGCGGCGGCGCUGUCCAACAUGGGUCUCUUCGAGGCCGAGAUGAGCAGCGACUCUUUCCAGCUCCUGGGCAUGGCGGAGAUUGGGAUGCUCCCUAGGAUCUUUGCGAGGCGAUCCAAGCACGGCACUCCAGUCCUGGGGAUUUUGUGCUCGGCCACCGGGGUGGUGCUGCUGUCGUGGAUGACUUUCCAGGAGAUCGUGGAGCUGCUCAACUUUCUCUACUGCGUGGGGAUGCUGCUCGAGUUCGCGGCUUUCAUCUGGCUGCGAGUGAAGCGCCCGGAUCUCCACAGGCCGUUCAAGCUCCAGCUCGGGACGCUCGGGGUGGUGAUGUUUUGCCUGCCACCCUCGGCGUUCCUGGUGCUGGUGAUGUGCCUGGCUUCCAUGCGGACGAUCUUUGUGAGCUGCGGCGUGGCUGCCGUGGGGAUCGUCUUGUACCCGGCGAUCAUGUUCGUCAAGUCCAAGAAAUGGGUGGAGUUUGCUGUGGACACAGAGAUCAUUGCUCCUCCUCCUCCUCCUGAACAAGAUCACGGCGGCCAGCAGCAGCAGCAGCUGAUACAGCUCGUUCCAGAUGAUCGAGGAGGUGACCAGCACCGCGAACUGCGAGGACAAGUUUCGUAGUUCCGUUAUCCACCAGCGUUUUCCUUCGCCACGUCUCUCGAUCCUUCGGCUCUUGAAUUUAACGUCGAAAGAACUGGACUAUCUUGCGAGAAGUGGGAGAGUUCCAAGCUACACACACAGUUACAAAUGUUAUCACAGUAGCAUCGAUCGUGAAUCGUGAAUCAAUUUUUAAGAGCUUCUUCGCACUCCUUGGAGUUUGUUCCUUGGCUAUUUCUAGCCAACCUUUCAUCUUUGAGUUUUUCCAUCUCCGUCUCUAAGUUGCUUCCAUCUUACGUUGCUUUUAUUUUUUAGUUUUUCUGCUUCCAUUCUAUCUCCAAACUUUUCUGCAUUAGCAUCUCCGGGUUUUCAGCAACCUUAGCCCCGAGUUUCUAGCAAUCUUAGUUUGAGCUUCACUGUUAUUCUUGCUAAUCUCUUUUCGUGUUUUGCUUCCAGGACUUCAAUGCAGCUCAAGUGGUCGAGCGACUCAACACUUCGGUCGCCGAGCAACGCAAAGCGAAUGAUCUGAAGGAACUGGAACUCAAAUGCCUGAUGCGCGAAGGAGGAGGAGGAGCUGGAAACCAAGCGCGAGAUGCUCAACGUGACUGGAGAAAAGGUGAAGCUAGAUCCCAAGAAGCUCCACACCAAGGAGACGAACGUGCUUGAGCAACGACUUCUAUCUUACGGGGCUCGGACAGCCGCUAUCUCGACUGGCUGGUGUGUUUGGAAGAAGCUCAUCUCUCAAUGCCGUAAGCUUGUGCUCUCAAGCUGGGUGGCCGAGAUGAAAAGGCUGCUAAAUGGUGGGGCUGGAACAUAGCUUAUCCCAGGAGCUGGUGGUGCUGGAACUUGGAAACCAUGCUGUCCAAGCUGGCCAACAAUGCGAAGGACUUAUUUUCCAUAUAGUUCCUGUAUGGCGGAGGGCAACAUGGGAAUGUGGAUUCAUCUGCAAGGGCCUCUUUUCGAAGCAGAAGUGGUCAAGUAACGAAGGUAGAGGAUAGGAACGUCAAACAGGUGUAGGGGACAGGAUUAAAUUUACAUGGUUACAUUCUCUCUUCCAUAGAGGUACAAAUCAAUCGCAGGUCGUUUUAACGAUCCUGGACAGCCGCGUGAGCCGUCUGCAAGUCUUGUUUCCAGAAAUGAUGAACUCCAUAGAGAAAGCUUGAAAGUAAUAGAACAAACGCACUACGAAUCUCUCCAAAA